UAUUCCUUGGCAAAGAGGUGGGGGUGGAAUGCUUGGGACCUUGGCAGAUGGUCUUACCCAGAGUGCAUUGUUUUCAUUUAGCCUCUCAUUUGUCUGUUGUAAUUGGAUCCCGUUGGGGUAGUCCCAGAGCCACUGCCUGCCUGCUCGCCAACCUCCCUCCCUCUUAUCUGCUCUCUGCUGGUUUAUUGUUACAGAGUGACAUCGGGAUUACUUGUUACAGUAAAGCGUCUUACUGACAAUGUGGACAUCAGCCGAGGAAUUAUAGAUAUUUCAGGAUUUCUGCCUUUUCUUUGCUCAUAAAGACAGGUCUGUGAACAUUGGGAGCCACUUGCACCAGGAUUUUUUUUUUGAUGAUCUACUUUCAUGCGUCUCCCUGUGUCAGACUCCAAAUCCAGAAUGAACUGUGAGCAGGACCUUAUAGACGGGGGUAUGAACGUCACCCUCACUCUCCGGCUGCUCAUGCAUGGAAAGGAGGUCGGCAGUAUCAUAGGGAAGAAAGGAGAAACUGUGAAAAGAAUACGAGAAGAGAGCAGCGCACGUAUCAACAUUUCUGAAGGGUCCUGUCCAGAGAGGAUAAUAACAAUCACAGGAUCGACAGAGUGUGUGUUUAGAGCCUUUACCAUGAUCACGAUAAAGCUUGAAGAGGACCUCAGCACACUGGUGGCCAAUGGCACAGUUACCAACAAACCCCCAGUCACACUGCGUCUUGUCAUCCCCGCCAGCCAGUGUGGCUCGCUGAUAGGCAAGGGAGGAUCCAAGAUCAAGGAGAUCCGAGAGAGCACAGGAGCACAGGUCCAGGUAGCAGGAGACUUACUGCCUAAUUCUACAGAGCGGGGAGUGACGAUAUCUGGAACCCAGGAGGCCAUCAUACAGUGUGUCAAACUCAUCUGCACAGUCAUACUGGAGUCUCCACCAAAGGGUGCCACUAUUCCAUAUCGCCCCAGUCCUGCCCCAGGAGCAGUACUCCUUGCUGGAAAUCAAGUUUUCGAAGCCUCUGAUUUUGGGUCACACCCACUUUUCUCAAUGGCUCAAGGAAGUCUGGAGCUGCAACAAGCCUACACAGUACAGAACCAAUAUGCCAUUCCGCAUUCAGAGUUGGCAAAGCUCCACCAGCUGUCAAUGCAGCAGGGUGCCCUUGGUCCCCUAGGCCAGACAGCCACCCCUGUCCUGCAGGGAAUGGAAUCCAGUUCACAGACAACAUCCCAGGAGCUCCUCAUUCCAAAUGAUCUGAUUGGUUCAAUCAUUGGGCGACAAGGCACCAAAAUCAAUGAGAUCAGGCAAGUUUCGGGAGCCCAGAUUAAAAUCGGCAGCCAGCUCGAUGGGACGAGUGACCGGCAUGUCACCAUCACUGGGUCACCAAUUAGCAUCAACUUGGCACAGUACCUCAUCACAUCGUGUUUAGAGACCGCCAAAUCCACCGCCCAGUCCUCUUCCAUCACGAGUCCCGUUGACCUCAACAUGACCUUCACCCAGCCCGCCUCCCCCGCAUCGUCCUCGGCUGCAGCCCUGGCAGCCAUGGGUGCCAUGCCCCCUGCUCAAAUGCUGGGCGCCCCCUACGCCCUCCCCCUCUCCAGCAUCCUGGGAAUGAAAUCCGUCCCUUUCCUGGCACUGUCUGCCCCUGCCGCUGCCCCCACUGCCCAUGGGACCCUAGCUUCCUACACGGCCAAAAUCUCUUCAGCCAAUGGGAUCAAGAAGCCAGAGAGACAGAAGUUUGCUCCCUACUGAUGUCCCCUGACAAGAUGAUCUCCUUCCUCUUUAUUUCCCCUGCCUGGAUUUAGCUGGAUAGAAAUCUUUACCAGAGACUGGAUAGCUUUUUCAUUUUGUAGCCUAGAAAUGCAUUAUAAGGUGUCCUCUUUAAACAGUGGAGAGGACACUGAGGAAGUCAGCAAAUAUUUGCCAGCAGGAAGGUCCCUGAAGUCAGACUUAUUCUGUCCCACCUCUCUCACUCUCCACUAUUUAUUGACAAACAAAUGAGAACAAAAGAAGUUAUUUCCUCAAAGAGUUUGUAAAUGAUACACUGGUCACUGAAGCUAACUGUAUGUAUCUGCUUUUAUACAAUAAUGUCUGUGUAUGCUCCUGUAUGACUUUAUGAUUUUUUUUAAUAUAUAUGAAAUGUAUAAAUUGAAUUGUUUUUAAAAUGACUACAGCUUGAAACCUCUUUGCCGUAUGUUUUUUAAAAGGCAGUUUCAAUGCAUUUAUUUUAAAUGUGUAGUUUUGUUUACUUUAUUUAUUAUUAUUUCUGAAAUGAUGGCAGGUAUAUACACAAGUUUUGGAGACCUGCGACUGAUGAUACAAAACAGGCAGUUGUUUCAUGCUUUACAAAAAAGCUUGUUGGCAUUAAGCAAACUUGCAGUCGUUCCUAAAAAGAGGUGGGGUUAAAAAUUACCAUAUUAGUGUUUUAUAGGAAGGGUGUGCUGCCACUUCUAAAAUGUAUCAAACCAUUAAAAUUAAUUUAAUAACGCAUACUACAGCCAGUCCCAUUUUAUUUCUGCAUUUCAAAGAUGCUUAAAAGAUAAUUAUUCACCAUGAAAUUAUAUUUUGGCAAUAGAAACUAUCUAGUUAUUUGAUUUGUCCCUCUAGUGUCAGCACCUAGAUCUUCAAAUUGACUCUGCCUUUACAAAAAUACUGAGUGACAUUAGAAGAUUACAAGCUUACUAAAAAAACUACAUCACAGGUGUGCUGGAGGGCCUGUGUGUUUGUAACUGUUCCAAGUCUCGCAACAGCACGUGAUAAGCUGGGAGAAGCUGUUAAACUGGUCCAGUUAAACCAGUAACCAGCUGGUUUGAUAAGUGAAGAGUUGGAAUUAAAACCCACAUACACACCAGCCCUUCAGAACCAGGAUUGGAUACUCCUGUUCCUGCUCUACAUUCAACUGGUGCAUGAGUAAAGGAGCACAUGAUAUGAAAUUAACAUUUAAAUGCUAUAAAAUGAUAAAACACUAAAGUGUGAAACAGGUUUAUGCACAUACUGUAUGAAUGUGACUGUGGCAAGUGACAUCCAGUUAAACAGUUUCCCAGUCAUGGUGCUUUUGUUUUUGUUCCAUCUCAGCUCCUUAUAUAUAUAAAUUACUGAACCAUUAAUGUAUCCACUUGUUUUUCUACACUUAGAUCUUACUUUUAGAAAUUCCUUCAUAUGAGUAAUAUUUACAAGAAACGGUGCAAAUUAAUUUCCCCUUCAAUUUGUUUUUGAAUUUUUGCUCUCCCAUAAUUUUCUAAACUAUGAAAUUAUUCCUAAUUGGGGUGUCAUUAAUGAUGUACAAAAUCAGGUAUUAAAUGACGCAUUCCUGUGCCCAAUGUCUCAAACAAUCCCAUAAAAACCAACCAUUCUUAGACAACUGUUCAUAAUAAAUUCCACCUCACAAUACAUACAAUAAAAAAUGUCCAGCAUUUGGUACAGAGUUGAUGCCAGAGCUCAAGACUACCUGAAUAGCUGAAACCUUUUUGGAAUAAUAAUUAAAUUAAAGGUUCGAUAAGCUUAAAUAAGAAAGGACUCAGCUGGAAUGAAAACAAAUCAGAGAUACUGUAAAACCAUACAUGGGAAACAGGAUCUAAUUAAUUUAAAUGAAUCUAAUUAAAUUAAACAUGAGUUUUCACAUUAUUUAAGAGAUUAACCUUUUAAAGCAGUUUUUAAAAUGCAGUUUCAUGAAUUUAUCUUCCAAUUUUCCAACAAGCUUUGGUACGGUAUGCACACCUUGAUUUUUUUUUCUCCAACAGACUUAAUUUGCAUGAACAUGACUGGCCUUAUUGUCUAUGCAAAACAUCUGCUUCUGGUUUUUACAACUUUCUAUUCUCCCAUAUAUUCACAGCAGUGCACAGCUGCAAAUGGGAAAGGGCUACUCAGACCAGUAUUAUAGGCACCUCAUUAGCUUGUUCUUUUGUUACCCCAGAUUCUGUGAACCAAAUUAAGAAGCAUCUGUGCAUUCAGCACAGCAGCUUUCGCACACAAAACAAUCCUAACUUUUUACACCAACAAAUUUGCACUUGAAAAUUGUAUUUUGAACUGAAGGCCAAAAAUGUUUUCCUAAUACUGUAGUGUUGUUUUCAUACAAACGCUAAUCAUUUCUGUUUACCACAAAUACUUUAGAUUUUUUUGUGAUUUAUUUUUUUUAAUUUUUGUUGUUUGAGCAGUGCCCUUCAAAUAAAUCAAUAAUGCAUUAACCUGCUUCUGUUGCA